AUGGGAUUGAUUACAGUUGUUUUUGGUUUGGUUGUAGUGUUUGCAUUACCAGAUAAUGUUCAUACAUGUUGGUUCUUAAAUGAAGAUGAAAAAUUAUAUAUUUUGGAAAAUGUGGUUAGAGUUAAUCAAACUGGGACUAAAAAUACAAAAUUUAAAAAAGAGCAAGUUUGUGAAUUAAUAAAAGAUAAAUAUACUUGGUUAUUUGUUUUGAUCACUUUAUGUUCACAAAUUGUUACAGGAGCUAUUGGUACAUUUGGUGUUACAAUUACACUUACUUUUGGGUUUAAUAAUUAUCAAUCAGCUUUAUUACAAAUGCCAAUUGGUGCUUUGGUUGUUAUUAUUAUUUUCAUCACUACUCAAUUAGUUGCUAAAUUUGGUAAUCAUACUUUGUUUAUGGCAUCUAUGUUCUUUCCAUCAAUUAUUGGAGCUAUAGUUUUAAUAAUUUCUCCGAGUAAAGUUGGUAAUUUAUUAGCAUUAUAUUUGUUGUAUAGUGGCUCAUCGAGUAUAACAUUGAUUUAUGCAUGGAUUGGAGCAAACACUGCUGGUUCAUCCAAAAAAUUUUUAAGAAGUUCAAUGGUGAUGAUAUCUUUUUCGAUAGCUUGUAUUAUUGGACCACAAUUAUUUCAAGCAUAUAGUGCACCAGCUUAUCAUCCUGCUAAAAUUGUUAUAUUAAUAACUCAAUGCUUAUCAAUUCCAAUUACAUUAUUCAUUGGAAUUUAUGGAUCUUACAGAUAUUGA